AUGUCAUCAUCGAGGCCUUUCCCCUGCGAUGAAGUCAUUGCGCGCAAGAAAGAAUUACGGAAAGAAAUUCGGUCGAAAUUGAAAGCUCUUUCUAAGGAGGAAAUUCGCGCUCAAAGUGUUAGAGUGUGGGACCGCCUCUUUGAGCUCCCUCAGUAUCGGCAAGCUAGAUCCAUAGGACUCUUUCUGUCAAUGCCAACAGGCGAGAUAUCUACCGAAUUAGCGUUAAAGAAUGCAUCAGAAAACGAGAAGCAGGUCUACGUUCCACAGGUUGGCAAGAACUUUGAGCAAGCGGACAUGGAACUGAUAAAAGUUGUCAAGGAUGAUGGAAUCAAACAAGGCGAAUUGUUUUAUCACUCGUGGCCCCUCAAUAAGUGGGGUAUUCCUGAACCUCCUCCGCAUAUUCCGCUGAUACCGGCGGCACCAGGCGAUAUUGAUGUGAUUGUGGUUCCUGGUUUAGCUUUCGACGAGAAGGGGAACAGACUCGGUCAAGGGAAAGGGUACUAUGAUCGCUUCAUUGCGCGUAUGACAUUAGGGGAAGGAGUAAGUGCCCCCUUUUUGGUGGCCGUGGGCCUUGAAUGUCAGCUCACAGAUCGGGUACCGGUGGAAGAGUACGACCAACUGAUGGAUCUUGUCCUUUUGCCUAGUCAAACGAUCGUCAUUGAAAAGUAA